AUGCCGACCCGGUUCGACAUGACGGCCACGCCGCCUCCCAGCAAAUCGUCAUCGCGUAGCCGACACAUGCUCCAGUACGGCAUCAAAAAGCGGGCCAAAUCGCCCGCACACCCAUCGGUGUCCCGAUCGACCACCAGCUCGGCUGCUGCACUCGAUGAAUACACGCGCAGUAUGCAACACUAUCUCGACCACACAGACUUCAAACUUGAGGCCGAUCACAGCAGUCGCGAGGGCUCGCCCGAACGCGUCGCUCUGACCGCGACUCAGACGAUGAAGAUAUUGCUGGCAUGGCGGACAGCUUCCAUCAACUCGAUGUCGACCACUCGCACCCACCAUUCCAUCACCAAUACUCAAACAGUCGGAACAGAAUAA